AUGGGGAUGUCGAAUUUACCGGUGGAUGGAUUAAUUAAUAAUGAAACUAUCAAAUUUAUGCGUCACUCACGUUGUCAACAUAGUGAUAACGAUUUUGUAGCAAGUUCUCCAUGGGGGAAAUAUCACCUGCGAUGGUAUUUUCCUCAAAGAACGGUUGAUGCUCAAAAAGAUGCGGAAAUGGCUUUUCAGAUGUGGCAAAAUGUUUCAAACUUAACAUUUACAAUGAUUACAAAUCCAAGUCGGGAACGUCCUGAUAUUACCAUAACUAUGGUUAGUAAAACUCAUUAUUAUAAAACAUAUUCUAUGGGUAAUGACGAAUGCUCAUCUAAAUUAGGUAAAGGUGUUUUAGGGCAUUCAUUUUUUCCUCUUUCCAGCGGAACAUGUAGAAAAAUCCAUUUAGACAUGGAUCAGUUUUUUCAUUUUGGAAAUGAUGCUAUACCCGAAGAUCGUAUUAGUUUUGUUAUGAUGUUGGUUCAUGAAAUUGGAAAUACUCUCGGAAUAGCUCAUAUGCUACUCCAAAUGCCUCUAUGCUACUGCCUAAUGUAUAGCCUCUAUGCAGAUAAGAUUCGUGUUCUAUAUGAUGAUGAUAUAAAUGCUGUGCAAUAUUAUUUAUAUGGGUCUAAAACCAAAUAUGCUCCAAUCCCAAAGUUCACAACCAUGCAUACACUAACAAAUAUCUUAACAACCACAAAACCUACACCUCGCAGCCAGUCAAUCCACCCACAGCAUACAACGCUACAUACACCAACAACUAGCUCAACAACGACAAGACCCACAACUGGAAAGCAGCCGAUCCACCCACAGCAUACAUCGCGCAUCGGUGCAUACACCAACAACUAG